AUGUUGCAGCACGGCACCGUUCUGCCACUCAACUACACGCUCUGGUGGGCUCCAGUACAGAUGUGGCUUUCGGGUCAAGCCAAGCAUGACACAAAUCACAUUCAAACUGGGAGGCUAGAUGAUUCGGCAUGGCAACAAACUGGCCCUCAAAAGCGACCCCCAAACUGCCGGCUACCAUGUUGGGCCGAUCUCAUAGGAGUCGUUUGCCUUGACAGGACGUGCAUUGAGAUCGCCGGACAAAUCUUCGAAGCGAUCGACGAGACUGUGUCGCCCUGUGACGACUUCUACUCUUUUGCCUGCAACGGGUGGAAGCGGUCGCACAGGAUACCCUACGGAAAAAGCUCCUGGAGUCAGGUGGACGAGCUCCUGAAGAACACAAACCAACUGGUGCAACAGCUACUCGGUAGGACCGCAACAACCAUAAAUCAGCAUUCACAGCACUUUUUUUCUGUUUACCGUUUGCUGUUUAGCCCUUCUGGCGGCACCACUUGCUCUAUCGGAUAG